GUCACGUGACUAGCAACCUUAAAUCGUUUACAAAUGGCGGAAGAACUGCACAUUAUUUGACAUCGCGUUUGUUUACAUUUUAUGUACUUUAAUUUGGCACUUGAAAAAGACGCAAAACAUGGACCGAGGACGCAAUUUGGAGGCAUUGGCAGAGGAGAAUGAUGAGGAAGAAAUGGAAGAACACAAGAAAGAUAGUGACUCAGACUCGAGCACAUCUGACGAUGAUGAUGCCCCAGAUGAGGGUACCAAGCGUGGAGAGCCCAACAAGUUUGACAUCCUGUGUGACGGGGUGAAGAAUGCAAUGGCUCUUGUUCACACUGCAUUAGAAGAGCUAUUGGAGAUGAAGGAUGAAAUGUUGAAACAUAAACUACCACCCAGUCUGUUGAUCAAAUUGGCAACAAAUACAGGAAAAGUCUUUAGAAGUAUAAGUGAUCUGAACAUGCCGGUCAACGAACUCGUGCGUCUUGUCGGUGUCUACUCAACACCCUGGGAGGAGAAAAGCGCGGCCCUGAAGAAACUACACGAAGAUUACGAGGUCAAGCAGAGGCAGCUCCACAUCGCCAUUAAACGACUCCAACUUGUGGACGCUCAUUCAAAGCGUAUUGCACGUGAGAAAAGAAUCAUGAAUUGGGAGAAACUAUUUGCCAAGGUCAUGAGCAACAAAGGUCAUGGGCGCAGAUGGAAGUUCCUCAUUGAAACUAUCAAACAGAAAGCAAAACUUGGACUGGAACAUGUACAGGAGUUCACUCGUCAGCUGGAUGAGUCUGAUGAGGAGGAGGAAGAGGAGGAGGAUGACAUGCCCACCCUGCAGCUAAAACAUGGUGGCGAGUCUCCAUCAUCCACAAGUGACAAAGUGUCUGAGGGUGAUACAGAGGCUGAGGAUGAGGAAGUAGCUGGUGAGGGUGAGGUUGCUGACCAAGGGGAGGUCAAGGGGGAGGUGCCAAGUAUAAAAAUAGAACAGGCUGAGGAGGACGGGUCAGAUGAUGAUGAUGAGGAGGAGGAGGAUGUUGAGGAAGCACAGGAGGAAACAAUAUCAGCAGAGACAUCAAAGAGAGUCCGGUUUGCCGAGGCCCAGAGAUUGCCUCCCUUGAAAGUGGAGACAAAGGAUGUGGAAGUGUGGACCCAGGAGCCUGAAUACGAGCACUACAUGUGCGUUCGUAUGUACGCACCCGUUGGAAUGAAGCAGAUGGACCUUAAGUGUUCAGUUGCCUUUGGGAAACAUUUCUACAAGUCAAAGAGAUUGGAUGAGAACACGGGUACACCUCUGCCAGCCAACACACCAACAAGUCAGAUCAAGAAAAAUCGUUAUGAGGAAGCAAUGUUCAGCAUACCUCAAGAAACACUGCCUGGGAUUUGGCAGGGCAAGAAACCUGUGGGGCAAGAGCUUCCCAAAAACUGUCAAAUCACGGUCCACAGUGGUCCCACAGACAGCAUUGCUGCUAUGGCAACCAUAGACAUGGCUGACCUGAAGGAACUUGAUUUGAAGACUAUCACCCUGCCUCCACCCCACGGGGACGACGAGGUACCAAGAACUCCUGAACCCCCUGGAGAUGAUGAUCUAGACUCCCUCUCAGACGACAUGGAGAUCCCUCUGCCUGGCGAUGAAAGAAAGGGGUCUGAAAAACCUGGGGCAACGGAAGAUAGAAUCAAGGAUGUGGACCCCAUGAUGUUCCCACUGUAUUCACUGGAUGGUAGCUCCACCAAACACAGCCCCUGUGGCUCCCUGCCCUUGAUAUUCUACUGGGCACGCAGGCCUAAACCUCCCACCUUCAACAGACAAAUUGGUACCCACGGUGUAACAGAGCUAGUCUUUGAACUGACAGGCAUUGACCUUGAGACGACCUCGAAAGAUGACCUCAAUAAGGAGACCCAUGACAAGUGCACGUCUGUCAUGAGCUAUAGGCGUGAGGUGACGGACCGUGCCCUCUCAGCUCACAGGUUCACUCCGGAAGUGGAACCAUCAAACCCCCCUGCAUCCCCAGAACACGAGUACAUUCCUGAAGUUAUUGUUACUGAAAACAUGGAGGAACUUAUUGCCAAGGCUGAGUAUGAUAAGGUGGUGGAGAAGCACAACAAUGACCUUGUCUACCUUCAGGAAGAAUACGAAAAGCGACUGCAGGUGUUGAUGGACAAUCUGCAGCUGAUGGAGAAGAAUCAGAGACAACAUCAGCAGCAGAUGAUGAAGCAGCAGCAGCAGCUUGAGGAGCAGCAGAAACUGCUGAGUCAGCGUAAUAUCACUAGCCCGGGGCUCUCACCCCAGGCCACCUUCGCACCGCCAGGGACUCCUACUAAAAAGUCUGAUGAAGUACAUAGACCAGUUGUCCACGCGCCCAUGCCACCACAGAAAGCAAGGCCGAGACAGCAAAAGAAACGACCAGCUGUUGUACAGAGAACAUGGGACGGAGUGCCAUCAGAGUUUCUGGAGAGACUGGCCUACUUUGAGGAUGAGAGCUAUAGGCACAAGCUGGAGUUAAUCGAGAAAACUCGACGAGAGAUACAGGAAGACAUCGAGAAGAAAUUAGCUGGCCAACACAAACUAAGUCGGCAUGAUCGUGAGAUGUAUGAGGCAUUAAACGAUGUGAGUCUGCCAGCACUGUUCAUGCCAUUUCAACGUGGAAGUGUUUUCAAUCCUCGAGCACAUCAGUACUUCCACCCAACUGGUUCCACUGAUAUACGUCUCACUCAGCCGCCAUCAAUGUUCCAGUUGCCUCCCCUUCAUAAAAAUAGCUCGUCGAUUUUGAACCUUUUCGAGCUGAGCAAGAACUUCAACAGUCGGGGUCAAGGCUGGCUGAUGGACCGCUACAUCCAACAGCAGGAGCCCCUCAAGAACCCUCAUGGUAUGAUGCCACAGACCACAAUGCCUACCUCCAUGAUGCGAUCUCCCACCUUCACCCCUCAGCCGACAUUUGACCUCCCGUCGACUCGCGACGAGCAAAGACAGCGUGAAGCCGAGGCGGAAUGUUGA